AUGAGCAUUAACGGAAACAUGGGCAACGCGACCUACUCGAUCCCUCUGGAUCAAUGCUACGCAAACGUCUCUGCCGCCGCAUGGGAUUGUUGUAAUGCAGCAGGAGGAUUCCUCAACUAUUACACAGGAUACUGCUCUCGACAGCCUCACGCCAACACGUACAGCCAGUUCUCUGAUUUAUACGAAGGAUGCGGCCGUGGGCUGAGAUACUCUGGAGGAAAUUUCUCAAACCUGGCGUAUGGGUGUCAUGGGAAUGCAGCGACAGGUGCAGGGUUCGAAAGUAGCAAGCCCGUGGUCCUGUCUGCGGUGUUGGCUUGGUUGUUGGCGGCUUUCAUAAUGAGCGCUGUCUGA